AUAACCAGAAGGAAAAACAAUGUUACGAAACAAUAUAUUAAAGUCAGAUCGGUUUACUACCACCUGCUUUAGCUGAGAAAAGUCAAGAUGCUCCUAGCCAAGCAUAGUGACGAAAUGGCGACUGAGUUAGCCAAUCAGGGCGCGAGAACGGCAACACGUUUACCACAGGAGUAGAAGUGUGCGCUGAAUGUGGCAGACGCACCGAUACCUCCUCCAAGCAUCGGCUUUCCUUUCCUCCUCUUUAAGGCGAACUCCCAUCAGAGUGAAAUGCCCAACAAAGAAAAACACCAGCAAGGAAAAAUGGACAGUAAUCCUGAGGCAUCUUAUGGACAUGGCCAACUGCAGUCUGCAAGUUACGGGGAGUUUUGUAAUCCGGUGACUGAUCAAGAACCAGAAAUGAGGUGCUUAGAUCCUACGACUUUAGAACCGGCAAGCCCUCAGCAAAAGUCCCAUCCUCAACGCCCGUUACAAUGCAUGCCUCUACAGGAACCUGCACAUGGAUCCGACCAACAACAUUUAACAAAUAACCAGGCUCCUCUUGCUGUUCUUCAAAGUAAUCUUGGCCGUAACGGCGCUAGAACAGAGCUGGUUGAGAGUGCCACUGAUUUCACAGCUAAUCCAUCAAAUCAGUAUGAUAUGGACCUUUACAAUGAAAUCAUGCAUCCGAAAUUUAAUGGCAGCUUUGAUGAAUUCCUUAUUCAGCAGCCAGCAACUCAACCCAAAGGCCUAGUAGACAAUAUUACAGACGUUUCUGCAUUGCCUGAUUUUCAAAUCUCUGCUCAGCAGACUAAAGAUAAUGAUGUAGAACAGCCAUCAAUUAUACUUGACCCGAAUGUGGAGUAUGUAAUAUAUGAGUCUGAUGGUAAUCUUUUUUGGGUUAUUGCUCCAGCCUCUGCCCAGCAGACUAAUGAUACUGAAGUAUGUAACGAAUCAAGCCAACACUUAACAAGUGGUGAAACAGACGCCCUGGUACACCCUUCUGCAGUUCCCGAAAUAGAUGGUACCUCAAAUUUGGAAGAUAAUCCUUUGUGGGUUAAGCUUAAGAAACCUGGCGAAGGUCUUAAGCAAUUUUUACGUAAGAACUGGUCUGAAAUGUUACGUUUCUUGCCAAUUCCUCGUCCAAAGAAAAGAAGUCGUAAAUAUGACUGGCAGGAAGAGGAACCUGAGGAUCCAGAGAAAUUAAAGAAAUGGCUCAAUGCUAUCAAGCAGAAGUAUUGGCGUGUUAUGCAGGUCAAGGGCAAGGUCAAUGUCAAGAUUCCUACCACAGAAACGGAAGGCUUAUUAUGGCAGCAAAAAUUUAUAGCCAAUUGUGAACAAGCCUGUUAAUUAACCCCUGCCAGAAUAAACCGUAAUGAUCUUCUAAGUUGAUGGAUACUGAAACGACAAAACAGUUAAAGAUAUUACAACCCAGUUCUGAUACAGAUCCUUUUGAUGGAGUCCUCAUCCAACAAGCAUAACAUAGACAACAGAAUAGAAAUGGCCUGUUUGUGAUUCCGACUAAUUACUCUUAAUUACCCUUGUUAAUUAGGUCAUUUGUCGCUGCCACCAUCUGGUUAGUACGUCCAGGAACAAUGCAAUAUCGAAAAGAGAAGACAUCUAGGAGAGUGUAACAAGAUCAAAAGGAAAGUGUGUGUAGGUGUAAGAAUAGGAAGAAAGGACCGAAUUCACAAGGGCUUUGGGGGGAGUGCGUGCCUCAGGGGCUGAUGGAAGGUCGUUAGUUGCUUGCCACAGGUAGCCAAGUUCCGGUACCACUGGUCUAAUAAAAGGUUUUAAUUAAGAAUGGAGGAAUUUAAUUCAGGAAGCUUAAAAAUACAUUUAUUGAUAAUACAACAAGAAACUACAUUAAAAUACAAACGUAAAAAUUCAUUAAGGGAACCCAUAAAAUUCAUUGUAUAUGUGUGGAAGAUCACUAAAUCCAGGAGUGGAAUAAUAAUAAUUUAGUUUGUUUCAAUGGUUAUCCAUGGUGCGAAAGGCUUUGCUUAAGAAUUACCAGAUGUGUAACGAACGCCCGGUUACCAUCCACUGGCAACAAGGGAUUUAAUAGCGGGUCAGGAAGAUUGCUAGACGAGAACGCUACCACUGCACCCCACAGGGGAAUCAACGACAUGACCCAAGACUGUUUAAUAGUGUACAAAGGGUUAGAAACUCAACUCAGAGAUAUGUGGGUGGAAUGUGUAAAGGAAAAUCAAACGGUUGAAUUCAGUACUAGAUGAACCGCUAACUAGUGGUAGGGAAAGAAUCAGAUUCCCUCAUUCAGUUCAGUUCUUCUUAGCUGAGAGAUGGGUGGCCCCCAGAUUGGCCCUAACAUAAGCCACUCGUUGGACUGUUACUCAAACUAAGUAAUAAAGUCUUAUCCCACAUCAGUGAAGUUGACGGCAAUAGUUUUAUCAAUCAAUAAUAAUCUCUAACAAAGGCAUGGCCAAAUUACCUUCCACAUAUCGAUAUUCAAAUAUGGUCAGAUUUGUACGCUACAAACGAAGCGCCCCUGAAGGCUUAAGGGACAAAAGUGUAAAGCAGGAAUGUCAAACUCUAAGUUUUCAUUUCAGUUCCCAUAUGCGUGGGUCCUUAACAUUCCUCUAAUAAAAAAACUGCCUGAAAUAACGUGCUUAUACAUAAAGUUUAUUUUGUUUAAUGAAUUUUAUAUGGUGACACUAACAGUAACAAAAUGCACAAGCAUGAGUAUGACAUCCCUGUUACAAUGGGCCGCACCAAUAUGCACAUUGUAGGGGCAAGAAUUGUUUUCAAUUUAUUAUUGGCCUCCUGACCCCUAUAUGCUUAUAUAUUUGCACUGCACUUAAAAACAAUAAAGGAAAUAUAACUUAAAUGAAGCCAUACUUAUUUCGCCCUUAACAUAUUUACUAAUCAU